CUUAGUUGAGCACUAAAUCAUUUGCUAGCUCACGCCUCAUGGUUGUAGAUAGCCCGUUCAUAUUAUUCAGUAGUAAGGAAUGCUGAAUAUGAUCCAAAAACAUUACGUGAUGCCUGCACCUUUGUGCACUUUAUCAGUAUUCAGUAGUUAUAUCAAGGGAUUGCUUAUAUCAUUGGGAUACCUAUAUCAUUCGGUACUGAUGGUGCGAUGUAACAAUUCAGAUUACCCCAACUGAUGUGAUUAUUACUACGUACUUGAUCCAGUCUUACUAGAGUAUUUUGUUCUAGAAUAUAGUCUGUAAUAUCCGUAUUAUUUUGAACAGGAUGGAUUGUAGUUCAGCUACCAGAAUUGAUGUCCGGGUGUGUGCAUAUGCUGAAUUUUGCGAUAAUGGCACACAAGUAUGGCGUCCAACUAGAGAUGAACUGAAAGUUGUAGACAGGGAUUGUGUCAAUUUCAAAGAUUUCAGCGAAGAACUUGAUCAAGAAAUAAAUCAUGGGCUAAGUCAGAAGUUGUUAAUCACUUAUUGGGAUAAAGUUAGGCAGUCUUUUGCAGAAAUCAACCAUGAAACUUUGUUGUUGACUGCGAUACACAUGUAUUGGGAUGAAAGGAGGCUUCCUAUUAUGGUUUCCGUUGUUUCCAAAGGGGAUAGUUCUACAUCUGCUUGUGUGCCACAUCUAACUGAUCCCUCAAUUCAAGUUGAUAAACCAGAACAUCAGCCUCAUAAUGACCAUGAGUCUUCUAGCAGCGACGAACCACCUGUUUUUGAUGAUUGGGUUGAUGCGGAAGUUGAGUAUGUUGGCGUAGAUGAUGAGUGUGAAUACAAAGAGUUGCUAACUGACUCUGAUGAAUCUAACUUAGAUGAUGGGUAUGAUUCCGGUGAGUCAUUUCAUGAUGACCUAGUUGUGGAUGACACAGUUGGGUGUGAGACCAUUGUCCAUGUGACAGAUUUUGAGAACCCCAAAAUUGAAGUUGGUGUUACAUUUGAAGAUGGUAAAUGCUUUAAGAAAGCAAUUAGGCAAUAUGCAGUAAAGGGUGAAUAUGAAAUUGCAGCUCCAUAUUCCGAGGCAACAAGGUACAGGGGCUAUUGCAAGGCUAAGAAGUGCAAGUGGAGGAUACAUGCAAGCCAACUUCAAGAUGGCAGGACUUGGCAGAUAAAGAAGAUGCCAAGGGAACACAAUUGCGGAAGCACAGGGACAGUGGAAAAGAACUGCAUGGCAAAUAAUCAUUGGGUAUGUGACAGGGUCAUAGAAUGGCUCUCAAACGAUGCUAGCAUCGGGCCUACUGAACUUCGAAAGAAAUUAGAAGAGAAGUACAAAAUCAAGAUAUCAAAUUGGGUUGUCUGGGAUGGAAAAGAAAUGGCUCUCAAGAAGCUCCAAGGCGACUGGGAUGCUAGCUUUGAGGAUGCUUUUAGCUUCAAAGCUGAGCUGGAGAGGACAAAUCCGGGAAGCAUAGUGGACAUUCAGUUCGAGAAGGAUGGGGAGGGAAAACAAAGGUUCACUAGGAUGUUUGUUGCGCUGCGUGCAUGUGUCGACGGGUUUUUGUAUGGUUGUAGACCAUAUGUAGGCGUUGACUCAACAGCAUUAACUGGAAAGUGGAAAGGACAACUUGCAUCUGCCAUUGCUAUUGAUGGGAACCAUUGGAUGUUUCCAGUAGCAUACGGUGUAUUUGGUUCAGAGACGACUGAUAAUUGGACAUGGUUUUUUGAUAGGCUGCACAUGGCUAUUGGGUCACCCCCUGGAUUAGUUAUAUCCACUGACGCGGGUAAAGGUAUAGAUGCUGCUGUUACCCAAGUUUUCACAAAUGGAGUGGAGCAUAGAGAGUGCAUGCGGCACUUAGUCAAGAACUUCAUGAAAAAAUUCCGUGGUGAUGUCUUCCUCAAGCACUUGUGGCCAGCUUGUAGAGCGUAUAGAGUACUUCGCUUUGAGCAGCAUUACAAUCCUAUGCUUGAAGCAUCUCCUGAAGCCAUGCAGUGGCUGGAGGAUAACCACAAACACCUAUGGAAAAGGUACCAAUUCUCAGAAACCAGCAAAGUAGAUUAUGUGACCAAUAAUAUUGCUGAAUCCUUUAAUAGUUGGAUAAGAACAGAAAAGUCUCUUCCAGUCAUUCCUCUUUUUGAUAAAAUAAGGCAGAUGAUAAUGGAGAAAAUGGACUUGAGAAGAAGAAUUUCUUAUAAACUUUGUGGGAAAAUUCUUCCUCGUGUUGUCAAGGAUGUAAAUGCUAAGAGCCGAGGAUUGCCAUACAUCCACACAUUUUCUAACAAAGAUCAUGAAAACGUUGCACUUUUAGCUGAGGUUCAAGGAGUUGAUAAGGACCUCCAACCGUGGAGGCAUGCAUUGGAUCUCACAAAUAGAACAUGCACAUGUAGGCAGUGGCAAAUAACUGGUUUGCCUUGCUAUCAUGCUGUUCAUGUUAUCACUAGCAUGAGAAAUCCCAAGAUGGAAGAUUACAUCGACAACUACUACUCAGUUAACAAGUUCAAAAAAGCAUAUGAAAAUUGGGUAGGGCCAAUGACAGAUAGGCAGCAGUGGCCGAAGGUAGACCCUGGCUUUAAACUUUGGCCCCCUAUUCUAAAACGUGCAGCUGGAAGGCCAAGGACAAGAAGAUACAAAGGAUGGGAAGAAGGGGGAAAGGGACGCAGAACUGUCACGUGCAAACGUUGCCAUCAAAAGGGCCACAUGAAGAAAACUUGCAAUGAGACCGUUCUUGAUCCGAAUGCACCUCCACCUGCACCACCUAAACCGAAGAGAGUAAGGAAAAGGAGCAAGAAAGCAGUUGAAGUUCAACCACAAUCUAAACAGACUGAAGCACCAUCUACACACAUUGAAUCAUCAUCUCUGGAUAUUAGUACUACACCCUCGAAGGCCCAGGCUCCAUCCAUGGAUAUUAGUAGCCCAAUGACACGGAGCCGUAAGCGGCAAUUAGAUCUUGAUUCUGCGGCUAUACAAGGAAUGUGCACACCAACAAAACAACUUGCUUGUACCGAUGAUACCAACAAUAGCCCCAUGACAAGAAGCCGCAAGAAACAAUCGGGGUUGGACACAGCUAAGUCGAAAGUUGCUGCUAAGCCUAAAGUCAUGAAGAAAACAACUCGCAAGUUGGAGGUCAAAAGGGCCAAAAAGUAAAGCUCAAUAUGAUUUGCCAUAUGUAAUAGAGCGAAUAUAUACACGAUCUGUUACUUUUGCUAGUUGAACUCAUAUAGGAUAUAUACACGAUGUGUUACUUUUGCUA